GUUAUGUUUAUAUGCAAUCAUUGCCCAUUUGUGAAACACUUGAAAAAGGAUAUAGUAAAGCUUACAAAUUUAUAUAUGAAGAAAGGGCUUGCUGCUGUUGCAAUAUCUUCAAAUUCUAUACGGACGCAUCCUCAGGAUGGGCCUAAAUUCAUGGCAGAAGAAGCAAAAUUGUUGGACUACCCUUUUCCUUAUCUUUUCGAUGAGUCGCAAGAUGUUGCACGAGCAUUUGGAGCUGUUUGCACACCAGAGUUUUUCCUUUACAGAAAGGAUGAGCAAAAGCCUUUCGAGUUAUUCUACCACGGACAGUUUGAUGACUCGCGCCCUAACAGCAACAUACCAGUCACAGGAAGGGACUUGAGUCUUGCAAUAGACUGUGCGCUAAGUGCACAACAAUUGGCAUCAGUUCAAAAACCCAGUGUUGGGUGUGGUAUAAAAUGGCAUCCUGAAAACAGCCAGUAAUUUAGUAAGGUGUUCUAAUUGGAAAUUUCAAAUUCAUCGAGAUGCUGCGACUUCUAAUAAUAAUUGUUGAAUUGUUAUAUAAAAGGCUAAGUUUUUAAUAGUUUUUUUUUUUCUCUAGAAAAAGUUGUACUACGAUAGUUUUCUUAUGGCUAUUGUACUGUGGAGUUUAUUGUAGAAGGCUCAUAAAGAGUACAAAUAUAAAUAAAAGUUGCACCUGCCUAGUAAGGAACAGUGAAGAAAGCUAUUGUAAUUAAUGAGACGAGUUUUGUUGGGUUAUAUUGGCCCUUUUUUUAAUUAAUAGGAAGUUUGCUAUUUCUAAUAAUAGUUAUGGAUAUGUAACUUGUAUGUUUGUUGUAUAUUAAAUAGAAAAA